AUGAAGUUCGUCCCUUUUGUUGCCCUUGCCUCUAUGGCUCUGGCUGCUCCCUCCUCGGAGAGGCGUGAUGACAGCCCUCUUGACAUCAAGAUUGAGAUGGUUGGCAACUCUGAAGUCAAGGCCACCAUUGUCAACACCGGCAGCAGCAGCCUCAAGGUUCUCAAGACUGGUUCAAUCCUUGACUCUGCCCCUGUUGAGAAGGCCAGAGUCUUCAAGGACUCAAACGCCCUGGAGUUCGAGGGUGCUCGCCUUCUCAUUGAUACCGAGCAUCUCAACAAUGAAGCCUUCCAAAAGAUUGCUGCUGGUGAGACUAUCGAGGUGACAUUUGACGUUGCCGAGGUCCACGAUCUGUCUGCCGGAGGAGACUUUGACAUCUCUGUCGUGGGUGGUCUUUCCUACGCUGAAGAGGGCUCCAACAAACUUGCUGGCGCUGUCCCCUUUGUGAACAGCUCCGUCAAAGCCCAAGUUGACGGCGGCAAGGCCAAUGCUGUUCGCAUCGCCUCUCAAUCCAAGCGCACCGCAGUCCAGAGCGACUGCACCGGCACUCGUCUGACCGCUGUUCGCAACGCCCUGUCCAACUGCCGCAGUCUUGCCACUGCCGCCUCUACCGCCGCCUCCUCUGGCGCUGCUGCCAAGAUGACUGAAUAUUUCAAGUCUAGCACAUCAGCCACUCGAAGCACCGUCGCCAAUGUCUUCUCCCUUACCGCCUCCGAGUGCGGCUCUACCACUGGUGGCAACUCCAGGACCUACUGCUCUGACCCAUACCCUGCCUGCAGCAAUGGCGUCAUUGCAUACACUGUUCCUGCUUCUAGCUACAUGGCUUACUGCGACUACUUCUUCACCAUGCCUGCUACCUCAUCUGGAUGCUAUACCCAGACCCAGGCUAACACCUUUGUCCAUGAGGUUACCCAUCUCCGCCAGAUCAAGGGCACCUCUGACUAUGGUGGCUAUGGUUACAACUUUGUCCGCGGCCUUACCGCUGCCCAGAACCUUAACCAUGCUGACACUUAUACGCUCUUCGCCCAGAGCCUGUAUGCCGGCUGCUAG